CUCUCUCUGUUUUAUUAUUGGAGCCUGAUGUUUGGGUUAGGUUGGCAUCACGUGAGCACCUGCUGUUAGUAAAAGGAGAGCCAGCAGGGUCCUGAUAGUUUGUAGGAUUUACAGGAAGGUUUGGUUUACAGGAAGGUUUGGAGUUAGUGUGGAGAUCGGCAUCAAGUAAAUCUCCAGUCUUGCCAUUCGCUGGGAACCCGACCGCGGUCACCAAAAAAAAAAAGCCUGAAGCGCACUCUUUUGCUUUUUCCCAACUUUUUUUUUUAUAUAACUCCGGAAGAGACCAACAUCUUGCAAAGGAGAAGGAACAAAACAAAAAGUGCAACAAAAUAUCGCUGAGAAUCUUUUUGUUUGCUCGGAUAUUUACUGGACUAUUUUUUUUUUAUCUUUGGGAUUUGAGUCGGGGGACGUGGAGCAAGGGGAGAAAAAGGAACCAGUCGCAGUUUUGUUUUUACAGCUAGAUCUGCUCACUGCUUUAAAAGGCUGGGAGGAGAGGACAAAAAACUUUUCACUGCAAAUCUGGCCCGCAUCCACUGGUGGAAAAUUAAACUAAAACAAUCCAGGAUCUUUAUGUUGCUCGUGAAAUAUAUCCAGGAAACGCUGAAAAAGUCCAAGAGCGUGAAGAGGGAGAGCAGCGGCAGCAAGCUACCAGCUUGCUAUGAGAUCGUAACGCUUUCCUUCGGCAAGAAGAUGGCUGCAGAGUUGUACCCCUCCAAACACAGCAACAGCAGCAGCCUGCAGUCCAGCGAUAGCAGCAGCAGCAGCAGCUCCGGCACCGGCAACACUGUGAGCAGCUCCAAGCGCAGCCUCCUGCUACGGCAGGGCCAGCAGCAGAACCUCAACAACAACCACAUCCAGAACAGUAACUGGCAGUCCUUCUACCCCACACUCCGGGAAAGGAAUGCUAUGAUGUACAAUAACGAACUUAUGGCAGAUGUACAUUUUAUCGUGGGUUCCCCGGGAUCAACACAGAGAGUUCCAGCUCAUAAGUACAUUUUGGCAGUCGGCAGUUCCGUUUUCUACGCCAUGUUUUAUGGCGAACUCGCCGAGGAGAAAUCCGACAUUCAUAUUCCAGAUGUGGAACCCGCAGCUUUCCUUAUUCUACUAAAGUAUUUGUACAGUGACGAGAUUGACUUGGAAGCAGACACAGUGCUGGCUUCUCUGUAUGCUGCCAAGAAGUAUAUUGUCCCUUAUCUGGCAAAGGCUUGUGUUAACUUCCUGGAAACCAGCCUGGAGGCAAAGAAUGCCUGCGUCCUGCUGUCCCAGAGCAGGCUGUUUGAGGAGCCCGAGCUAACACAGCGGUGCUGGGAGGUAAUAGAUGCCCAGGCAGAGCUGGCCCUAAAGUCAGAGGGCUUCUGUGAGAUCGAUCUGCAGACUUUGGAGAUCAUCCUGUCACGGGAGACGCUCAACACCAAAGAGGUUGUGGUGUUCGAGGCCAUCCUGAACUGGGCAGAGGCAGAGUGCAAAAGACAAGGGCUCCCUCCCACUGCCCGGAACAAGAGGAGCGUGCUGGGCAAGGCUCUCUACAUCGUUCGGAUUCCUACCAUGACGCUGGAGGAGUUUGCCAAUGGGGCUGCACAGUGUGACCUCUUGACCCUGGAGCAGACCCACGACAUAUUCCUGUGGUACACAGCGCUGAAGAAACCCCAGUUGGAAUUCCCCACUGUCCAGAGGAAGGGCCUGGCGUCUCAGCGGUGCCACCGCUUCCAGUCCUCCGCCUACCGCAGCAACCAGUGGAGGUACCGGGGCCGGUGUGACAGCAUCCAGUUUGCAGUGGACAAGCGCAUCUUCAUUGCCGGGCUCGGGCUGUAUGGCUCGAGCUGUGGCAAGGCAGAGUACAGUGUCAAGAUUGAACUGAAGCGGCAGGGGGCGGUCCUGGCUCAGAACUUUACCAAGUUCAUAUCAGACGGCUCCAGCACCACGUUUUCAGUCUGGUUUGAACACCCGGUGCAGGUGGAGCAGGACACAUUUUACACUGCCAGUGCUAUCCUGGACGGCAAUGAGCUGAGCUACUUCGGACAGGAGGGAAUGACGGAAGUGCAGUGCGGGAAAGUGACAUUUCAAUUCCAGUGCUCGUCUGACAGCACCAAUGGCACAGGGGUACAAGGGGGGCAGAUCCCCGAACUUAUUUUCUAUGCAUGAGCAAAAAAUGUUUAAACCUGCCUCCCUGAAACUAAAAACAAAAGAUGUUUUGCAUCCAACUGCUGCUAACAGAAGGGAGCACAGCAAGGUAUCAGACUUCUUGCUGCCUCAACCGAUAAUAUAUUAAACUCCACAUCGUGGUCCUAUCCCAUCAACUGCAGAGUCAAACUAUCUUUAAAAACUGAAGGAAUGUUUGAUUGUAAAUUAAUUUUAUUUAUUUAUAAUGACUAGAGAGUAUUGUUAUUUGACUUACUGAAGCUGCAAUGGGCAGUACUCAGUGGUGCACUCUUGUGCCGUACUUUUGUACAGAUGUGCUCUGUUUAAAGUGGCUUGAAGCUGACCAACGAAUGACGUUUGAACACCUCAGUGUACUUGCAAGUGAUGAACCUGUACAGUAUAAAGAUUUUUACAUGGUUA